AUGGUAGUCGAGGGUCUCCAUCACAGGAAGUGUCACAGGAUCAAAAACCAGGACCGUCUUUUCACGUAUCGACGGGAUCUUAUCCGAGAGCCAAUCACAUUCUGGCUGUGA